CCUCCUCCCCCAUCCCCGCCUCCCGGUUCCCCAGUCGCGCCGGGCGCUGGACGGGAGCGGAGCGUAGAGGAGCUGUGCUGUCAGCUCGCCCCGUCCCGAGCCGACCCUAGCGGGCAGCGCCGGCGGGGGAGCCGCAGCCUCAUGUGCUGAGGGAAGGCGGGAUGGGGCCGCGGGGAGCCGGCGGCUGGUCUGGCACCGCCGGAGCGCCGGCUCCCGGUUGGACGUGCCUCCUGCCGCUGCUGCUGUGCGCCGUGCUCCGGAGUCUGCUGGCCAGCCCCGGCAGCGAGGUGAAUUUACUGGACUCACGGACGGUAAUGGGGGAUCUAGGAUGGAUAGCCUAUCCAAAAAAUGGGUGGGAAGAAAUUGGUGAGGUGGAUGAAAACUACGCUCCGAUACACACAUACCAAGUAUGCAAGGUAAUGGAACAGAACCAGAACAACUGGCUUCUGACCAGCUGGAUCUCUAAUGAAGGGGCAUCCCGCAUCUUCAUAGAGCUCAAAUUCACCCUGAGGGACUGUAACAGCCUUCCAGGAGGACUUGGGACUUGCAAAGAGACUUUUAACAUGUAUUACUUUGAAUCAGAUGAUGAAGAUGGGAGGAACAUCAAAGAAAACCAGUACAUCAAGAUUGACACCAUUGCUGCUGAUGAGAGCUUUACAGAGUUAGAUCUUGGUGACAGAGUUAUGAAGCUAAACACGGAGGUGAGAGAUGUUGGUCCCUUAACAAAAAAGGGAUUUUACCUUGCUUUCCAGGAUGUGGGUGCCUGCAUUGCCCUGGUCUCUGUGCGUGUGUACUACAAGAAAUGCCCAUCGGUGAUCCGCAACCUGGCCCGCUUUCCUGACACCAUCACAGGAGCAGAUUCCUCACAGCUGCUGGAGGUGUCAGGCGUCUGCGUCAACCAUUCGGUGACUGAUGAAGCACCAAAGAUGCACUGCAGUGCUGAGGGGGAAUGGCUGGUGCCCAUCGGCAAGUGCUUGUGCAAGGCAGGGUAUGAGGAGAAGAACAAUACCUGCCAAGUAUGCAGACCUGGGUUCUUCAAAGCUUCACCCCACAGUCCAUCCUGCAGCAAAUGUCCCCCUCACAGCUACACGCUUGAUGAAGCAUCCACAUCUUGCCUGUGUGAAGAACACUAUUUUAGGAAGGAAUCAGACCCACCUACAAUGGCCUGUACAAGACCCCCCUCUGCUCCUCGGAGUGCCAUCUCAAAUGUUAACGAGACUAGUGUCUUUCUGGAAUGGAUUCCCCCUGCUGAUACUGGUGGAAGGAAAGAUGUGUCUUAUUAUAUUGCAUGCAAGAAGUGCAACUCACACUCAGGUCUGUGUGAGGCGUGUGGCAGUCAUGUCAGGUACCUCCCCCAGCAAACCGGCCUGAAAAACACCUCUGUCAUGAUGGUGGAUCUGCUUGCCCAUACAAACUAUACCUUUGAAAUUGAGGCAGUGAAUGGAGUAUCCGACCAGAACCCUGGAGCCCGGCAGUUUGUGUCUGUAAAUGUAACCACAAACCAGGCAGCACCUUCUCCAGUCAGUAGUGUGAAAAAAGGGAAGAUAACUAAAAACAGCAUCUCCCUUUCCUGGCAGGAGCCAGAUCGACCCAACGGCAUCAUCCUGGAAUACGAAAUCAAAUAUUUUGAAAAGGAUGAAGAGACAAGUUACACCAUCAUCAAAUCCAAAUUGACAACGAUUACAGCAGAUGGCUUGAAACCAGGCUCAGUGUACGUCUUCCAGAUCCGAGCCCGGACAGCUGCUGGCUAUGGUGGCUUCAGCCGAAGAUUUGAGUUUGAAACCAGCCCAGUGUCAGUAGCUGCAUCCAGCGACCAGAGCCAGAUUCCUAUAAUUGUUGUGUCUGUAACAGUGGGAGUCAUUCUGCUGGCUGUUGUUAUCGGUUUUCUUCUCAGUGGAAGUUGCUGCGAUCAUGGCUGUGGGUGGGCUUCUUCUCUGCGUGCUGUUGCCUAUCCAAACCUAACAUGGAGAUGUGGUUAUAGCAAGGCUAAACAAGAUCCAGAAGAAGAAAAGAUGCAUUUUCAUAAUGGCCACAUUAAGCUGCCUGGAGUAAGGACCUACAUUGACCCCCACACCUAUGAGGACCCUAACCAAGCUGUCCAUGAGUUUGCUAAGGAGAUUGAAGCUUCAUGCAUAACCAUUGAAAGAGUUAUCGGAGCUGGUGAAUUUGGGGAAGUCUGCAGUGGGCGGCUGAAGCUGCAGGGAAAGCGCGAGUUUCCAGUGGCUAUCAAAACUCUGAAGGUGGGCUACACAGAGAAACAGAGGCGAGAUUUCCUGGGAGAAGCAAGCAUCAUGGGGCAGUUCGACCACCCCAACAUCAUCCACCUGGAAGGUGUUGUAACAAAAAGCAAACCAGUAAUGAUAGUAACUGAAUACAUGGAGAAUGGUUCUCUGGAUACAUUUUUAAAGAAGAACGAUGGGCAGUUCACGGUCAUUCAGCUGGUCGGGAUGCUGCGAGGCAUUGCAUCAGGAAUGAAGUACCUGUCUGACAUGGGUUACGUACACAGAGAUCUGGCUGCCAGGAAUAUUCUAAUCAACAGCAACUUAGUCUGCAAGGUGUCAGACUUUGGCCUCUCCAGAGUCCUAGAAGAUGAUCCCGAAGCAGCAUACACUACCAGGGGAGGGAAGAUCCCCAUCCGAUGGACAGCACCCGAAGCGAUUGCCUUCCGCAAAUUCACAUCAGCCAGUGACGUCUGGAGCUACGGCAUCGUGAUGUGGGAGGUGAUGUCCUACGGCGAGAGGCCUUACUGGGAAAUGACAAACCAAGAUGUGAUUAAAGCCGUGGAGGAAGGCUAUCGCCUGCCAAGUCCCAUGGACUGCCCUGCUGCUCUCUACCAGCUAAUGCUCGACUGCUGGCAGAAAGACCGCAACAGCAGGCCCAAGUUUGAUGAAAUCGUCAGCAUGUUGGACAAGCUCAUCCGUAACCCAAGCAGCUUGAAGACAUUGGUUAAUGCAUCGAGCAGAGUAUCAAAUCUGUUGGUAGAGCACAGUCCAGUUGGGAGCGGCGCCUACAGGUCAGUGGGUGAGUGGCUGGAAGCCAUCAAAAUGGGCCGGUACACAGAGAUCUUCAUGGAGAAUGGAUACAGUUCGAUGGAUGCUGUGGCUCAGGUGACCCUAGAGGAUUUGAGGCGGCUGGGAGUGACACUUGUUGGUCACCAGAAGAAGAUAAUGAACAGCCUUCAAGAGAUGAAGGUCCAGUUGGUGAAUGGAAUGGUGCCGUUGUAACUUGGUUUUAAAGUUGCUUCCUCAAGUGGGUUGGUCCUGCACUUUGUACACUAGCCCUGAGAUUUAUUUUGACUAAAAAAAAAAAAAAAGAUAAAAAGGGAAAUUCAGUGGUUUCUGUAACUGAAGGAUAUUGGCCUCUGCUGCAGCGCUUCUAAAGCAGUGUUUUGACUGAAGUUUUCCUUUUUUUCCUAUUUGUGUCCUCAUUUUCAUGAAGUAAAUGUAAGAUGCAUGGAACAUGGAAACGAAUUUGCUGUACAUGAGGUUAACCCAUCUCUUAAGCUUCAGCAAUGACUACAGCAAGCCUUCCCACCACACAUUGUCUGUACAUGGGAGAUAGAGAGAUAUAUAUAGCACCUUUAUAUACUUAAUUACAGCAGCACAUGGUAAUACUUCCAAGGACUGACUUGAGCAGAGGAGUUUCGUAGCCAUUUGUGGGCUCCCAAAAGCUGAGGUUUGCUGAAAUUUCACUUCAAGUCUUACUUGUCUACAGAAGUGUAUUGAAGAGCAAUAUGAUUAGAUUAUUUCUCGAUAUUUUGUUUGUAAAUUGAAAGAAAUGAAAAAAAAAAUGCUGUUACACAGCAUUAAGUUAUGGAUACUAGUGUAUAAACAUGUUGCUUGCUCCAUGGUAAAUACAAUACAGGGUGUAUAUUUUUUUCCCUCCCUCUGUGUUAUCAAGCUCUUUUUGUUUGCUCUUCUGGGAGGAUAAUACAUGAUGAAGAUGUAUAUACUGUACAGUUUGCUACGCAUCAGGUACAAAAUUUGGGCUCUUUCUUUGGUUUGUGCUUUUCUUCCCUCUUGCUUUGCUUUGGCUCCCUUUUGUGUUAACACUAUGCCUUGUAUUUUUGCUGCUGUUUGGUUUGAGCAACAUAUAAAGCCUUCAGGAGUUUUGACUGCAUACAUGAGGUAGAAGGAGUCUGCAUAAAUAAAAGAUGUCCUCCCCUCUUUCUUUCCACCAUGGACUGGGAAUGUCCAGAAGAAGAAAAGUAAAACAUCUGCUUCUCAGUGGCCUCCAGCAACAGCAUGGGAUUGGUUUUUGUGUGUAUGAGUCCUACCCAAGAUCCUGUGGGACUGCCUCCACACCAGCAUUUCAAACUGGCAGCCAUCACCACAUGCAGCCCUCACACUUGUCACUGGAGCCCAGAAGAGAAGCCAUGACGUGGUUUGAGCUGGAAGGAAAGGAUUUUGCUAUGCCUCUUCUCAUGAAGGGGAUUAAGUCCUGGGGUGGAGUGUGGAGGUGAGACUGCGGUCAUCCAGCAUGGAGAUUUUGCAGUAUUUCACCCAAAGCAGUGGUGGGGUGGUUGUAGUGGGGUUAUUUUGGGAACUGUGCUGUCUUAAGUUGUAUCGGGGCAUUUUGAUUUUGGGUAUGGACCUGUCCACUUUGGGACAGAGCACAGAGAGGAGGGAAGAACAGAACAGCACAACAUUAUGACAGCAGUGGCAUCCCAUGGGUGAGAAGGUACCAUCUGUCUAGGGCUGGUAUAGCUCAGAUCAGCACUUUCUUGUAGUUGGGGUUCAAUGUGUCCACUAAAGCUCAUGGCUGCUGUUUUCAGAUUGAGCUGUUUUCAACCUCAUCACCUGGGAAUCCCACCAAGAAACAGUUUGGGGCUGUCCUUCUCCUUUUGUUGCACAUAGGAUUAAUCAGCACAGUUAAUUUGCAAUUCAUAGGUUGGUGGGUUUUUUUUUGGUGAAGGCUUUGGUAAAGAUAAGGAUUUAAAAGUGGAUCAGUGGAUGGCAAGUGUUUGCUGUUUCUGUAAAUAUACUGCUUCCUUAGAGCUUGGGUAGCAUCUUGUAGCAUACUUCCUUGGUGAUAACAUUGACAUACUGACUUGCCGCAGCUCCCUUCAUCCCCAGUGCUGCCAAGCCUGAAGAGCUCAUCCAGUGCUGAAAGGAGGCCUGUGUCCCUUCAUGUCUUGCAGGAGCAGGUGUUGAAUGCCACCUUCAGCUGUUUCAGAGGUCUUUCUCCCAGUUCCCCCAAGUCUUCAGAUGCGAUUUGAUACAAAGCACACUUUCUAAAGAAAAGAGAAAGGUCUAGGAGGAGAGGGUUAGGUGGGCUUUUUUUUUUAGCACCAGGGCUUUACUCGCUUUCAGCAGGGCUUCUUCAGGCAGUAUUUGCCUGUUCUGAAUGGCCUCCUCCUCCUUUUCCGUGAGCUGCUGCUGAAGUACUCAAGAAUCUGGAGAAAUAGGAGGGAAAGGAGCUGCAGCAAGGUCUGACAAAUCUUGAUACUGUGAUUUCUCAUCCUGUUGUUUCAUUUUGGCAGCCACUGGACCACAAAAGAGGAGGGGGAAUCAAGACAUAACAAUUUCGGCACAGAAAGAGAUUUGUCAUAUAAUAGGUUAUUAGAGCUGUCAGCAGAACAGUCUUGGGAUUUGUGCCUCCCUGCCUGCAGCGCUUGGGAAAAUAAUCCAUAGGAAGGCAGAAACAACUUAUUUCAUCAGGAGGAAUCGUUCUCUGCUUGUUCCUUACCUACUGGCUCUGUCGGACUUGGGUUUGGUCUUUUCUCAUUACCUUUUAACAGCAAAAUUCCCUUUUCACCAUUCGUGGAGUUUUAAAGGCAUAUGUGAUAUGGCUGGGGUGUACAUCAGAUGCUGGAGUAACAUUCAAGAUUAUGAAUUGGUGGAAAACAAACUGUCCUUAAGCCAGACUGCAUUUGUAAAUAGGACACCUCAGUUCCUUAAAUAAACAAAUAAUCUUUUCUAUUUAUUUCAAGAGCUGUUCUUGCUACGGAUCCAUUAUAAUAGGCUUUGUCUUGGAGCUAAAAGUACAAUAAAAUGGUAAUUUAAUGAGUAGGAUCCAAAAGUUACAGCUUGUAUGUCCACAAGCAAAUACCAGAGACAAUGGAGACUUUUGGUUCCCGUCCAAGAACUGGAAGUAGUUGGUGUUUUGGCAUGAUUGUAUAUAUAAUGGAGUGCAGCAGAAUGAGAUGACAGUAAUAUUUUACUUGUUAUGCUCUUUGUAAAGACUUUAGGUGUGUUGCCUGCCUGCAGUGGGUCCAAGUUCUUUUCUUUUCCAUCUUGCUUGGCUGGUCCAGUGGGUGCUUUUUUCCCAGUAUAUUUUGCUGCUAAUUGUAAGGAAGGUAUUUCAAAGGAUCUGGGACGUGAAAAGGCUCUUUUCAAUGUAGUUUACCCUUUUGGGAAAAGGAAGUGUCCCCAAGCAUGGCUUGUGUAGACUAACUCCCUUUCACUGUGUAGCUACCAUUUGGAAAAAUAACCUGAGCAUAAAAAAUAAGACUGUUUUAAAUGAAAAAAAGAAAAACUUUAAAAUUUU